GCUCGCGGUGGGGCUGGACCGAGGCACUGGGAGUCGGGAGGAGGCCGGGUUUCCCAAACCCCGUCCGAUGGACACCUGCGGCUGGGGGGGCCGACCUCCCGGCGUGGCCGUCCUGGGGGCGUGGAGUCCCAGAAGGAAAAGCAGACACGGGUUCCCCUUGGAAAUGCAGCCCCCGCAGAGCAAGCAGCCCUUGGGUGGAGCUGAGACACGUCUGCAGGAUCUCGCCGCGUUCUCUGUGUGGUGUUGCUAAGGAUAAAGCGAGGAUGGCCCGGUGGCCUCCGGUGCCUCCUCGGAGGACCGCCUGUUUCCUCCCUCGAGACCGUUCCUAUAUCGUUCUCCAGCUGGGACUGUUCACGGCCAGCACUGAGCUUAUCUGACCUGCACAGUCAUUACUCUGACUCCGGCAGAACCUGAACAUUCCUUCCCUCCGGCGGUCUGAGCCCCGCGCCCCGAGGCAGCAGCUCCGGCCAUGCCACCCAGAGCUGGUCCCGCACCUGCACGGCUGCGGGGCUCUCCCCAGCGGGCCAGCCCGCACCCCGGUCCCGUCACACCAGGGGCCUGUGUGUGUGUGUGUGUGUCUUGAGAUGCCAUUGAAAUUCUUACAAAAACUGAAAGUGAAAUGAGGAAAUGAUUGGGCAAUCGGAUUGAAGCGCCGGUGCCGGGAAGACCUAUCCUGCAGCGGCCAGGACGCGGCCGGCGGGCGGAGGGGAGUGCAGGAGAGCUGUCCUGAGGGCGACCACAGGGCCAGGCCCCCGAGUCAGUGUAGGACACCAGCAAGCACAGCUCACAGGAAAUGAGCCAUUCCCUGCGCUUGCUUACUCGAAAGGCCCGAACCUGCAAAGUUCCAGGAGUGCCAUGGAUGGCUGCGCAGGCCGGCAGUCACGCCUUUCUCCCAGCCUGGAGAGGGGAGAAGAAAUGAAACUGAAGGAGUGUGUCUCCAUCCUCCCCCUGAAGGAAAGCCCCUCUGUCCCAGUCUCCAAAGAUGGAACGCUGCUGGCCGUGACCUUGCUGCUGGCCCUGGCGGCCAGCUGCCUCUCGGUGCUGGCGUUCUGCAGGGUGGCCGCCCUUCAGGCCGAGCUGGGGAGCCUCCAGGCGGAGCUGCGGGAACUCCACCGGGCUGAGCAGCUGCCAGGCGCCCCCCAGGCCGGAGCCGCAGCUCCGAGGGCAGCUGUGCAGGAGGCCCCAGCUGUCCCCUCGGCUCUCAAAGGAAUCUUCGCACCACCCGCUGCAGGAGGGGGCAACUCCAGCCAAAGCCGCAGGAACACGCGUGCCCUUCAGGGUCCAGAAGAAGCAGUCAUUCAGGACUGCUUGCAACUGAUUGCAGACAAUGACACACCUACCAUACGGAAAGGGGCUUACACAUUCGUUCCGUGGCUGCUGAGCUUUAAAAGAGGAAGAGCCCUGGAGGAGAAGGAAAACAAAAUCCUGGUGAAGGAAACGGGUUAUUUCUUUAUAUAUGGGCAGGUUUUAUACACCGAUAACACCUUUGCCAUGGGACACCUAAUACAGAGGAAGAAAGUCCAUGUCUUUGGGGACGAAUUGAGUCUGGUGACUUUGUUCCGAUGUAUUCAAAAUAUGCCUGAAACACUACCCAAUAAUUCCUGUUAUUCGGCUGGCAUCGCGAGGCUGGAGGAGGGCGACGAGCUGCAGCUCGCAAUUCCGCGGGAGGACGCCAAGAUAUCGCGAGACGGCGACGGCACGUUUUUUGGGGCCUUGAAGCUCCUGUGACCCGCGGACACCUGCGCCGCGGCCGGGUCCUUCCUCGCUCCGCGCCUCUGAGGAGGAGACGCUUCCCGGGAAACACCCGAAGGAAGAAAAGCAGUGGUUGACUCGCCUUUUCUGGGAGCUGCUUAUUUUGAUUCCCUGACACUAGACCUAACAGGAAAUUUCACGGACAACCGCAGCCCGGGGGUGACCUGGGGACGCCCGGAAGCGGCCGUUCCGGGGAGACCGAAGGGAGGCCGCCCGCUGCGAGCCGGCUGGGCGCGGUCGCGCUCUCGGCCUGGAGGGGCCGGUGGCCGGGGCCGUCGCCCUUUCCUGCGAACGACAGUCCGUCGUGUCCGCGGGGCGCUGGGCCGUUCCUGGGAAACCGCCGCGGCCCGCCCGAGUCUUCACGUGACAUAGAAAUAUGCCGUGUCCUUCCGCCGUGAACGUCGGAGAAGUGUUUUAUGAGAAAGAAAAGGGAAAAAAAAAAAGAAAUCUUGCAUUUGGCACAUGAAAAAGUACCUAAAAGCUUACACGGAGAUACAUUAAGCCCUUGCACUUAAAACGCAGGCACUAUUUGAAUUCCUCCAGUUUACUUCAAGUCCGCCCUUUUUAUCGGUAACAUUGUAUCACCGGCUGCCCUUUUUAUCGGUAACAUUGUAUCACCGGCUGCAGCACCAGACAUUUUUCGCAGGAGGGAAGUCAUUCUCUCCGGCGUCUACACUUAAUUUGUAUAUUUUUUCUAGCUAAUGUCAGUCACUUCAGAAAAUUUACUGUGGGGUAAUUCCAGUUCUUACGUACGCGAGCAUAGAGUGAAAAAAUAGCCGUGAUUGUUCUUCUGUAAAAAUCAAAUCUCCAAUGGAAGCUACGUUUAUAAUAAUGGGAUCUAUUUGCCUUUUAUUUCUUGAUCUUCUGUUUUAAACUGCUUCUAUUAUAAAGCACACCCAUGUUAUUAGGUUUAUGGAAGUUGACCUGUCGUUAAAGUUCUUGGCGUCCGGAAAGGUGUUCGUGCCAUGUGCUUGUUACCCGGCUCUCGAUACACCAGAAACAUCACCUUUUUUCCACCUAAUAGAGAAUCGUACUCACAAACGCUGUCACAACCGUCUUUAUGACAUCAAUCUCCCUUGUUCUGCUUCUCUUUUUACAAAAAAGAAUUUACUUCAUUAAACAAUUUCCGUCUCUCGUUUAAACAGUAGGUGGAAAAAAUAGACCCCGAUCUAGACUCAUUUUCUCCAGUCCACAUUGGAAUGCUCUUCCAAACAAAACAAGACGAUUUGUACUUUGUGUCUAAGAUGUCUAAGAUGAAACGUUUAAAACUCUGAUUACCACAAUUUUGGAUUUUUUGUUAAAAUCAAAUGUAUUUUCAAACUUACUGUGUUACAAUAUUAUAGUUAAAAAGUACAGGGAGAGCAGAAGCCCUGAUCUACGAGGUGAGUCAUUGUCCUCAUGUUGCUGCUAACUUGAAUUGCAGAAGAGAAAAUCUCAGUGCCGUCUGCCUGGCUUUUUGAUGGAGUUUGCUUAACACCCUUCAUCUUUCGGUUUCUCUCCAUGUAACUAAAUGACGUUUUAAAAAUUCAGUGCUGAGGUGUCUGGGUAGCACAGCGGUUGAGCCUCCGAUUCUUGGUUUCAACUCAGGUCACGAUCUCAGGGUCAUGGGAUCGAGCCCCACAACAGGCUCCACGCUCAGCGGGGAGUGUGCUUAAGUUUCUCCCUCUGCCCCUGCCCUUCCCCUGCUGCGGGCACCUACGCACUCUCUCUCUCAAAUAAACAAAUAAAUCUUUAAAAAUAAAUAAAUAAAUAAAACAGUGCAUACCAUAAAACAUUAUUAAGUAAUAUGCGUUAGGGUAGGAAACAAAGCAUUUGAGGUCAUGCAUAGCUUAUAUAUUUCAAAAAGGAUUUGUUCACAUCAGUACAAUAGAUAGAUAGAAAAGAAGCAAUUCUUGGAGUGUCUGGGUAAAGAAGGUAGUGCUCCGGCUCAGCAGGCUUUCCCGUCAAGCCGUUCAUCUCCACCCGGCUCUCCCGUGUUCCUCUUCAAUGACUGAGCGCAGUCUAUGGGCAGAUGCUGCCUUCUGCCACAUAAAGCGUCCUUAACUUUUACUUUGCUUUGAGUUUAAACCAGCAUUGAAAUGUAAAUCAUGUCUUCCUCAUGCGUGAAAUUGUGAGGGAAGUCAGGGAGGUUCCCUAAGAGUUUAUUUAACAGUGAGGAAACAGGACAAAGAGGAGGUAGUCCCAUAGUGGGGAGAGUGGGAGGCGGGGUCUUCCCCGCAGCACUGGGUCCAGCGUCUCCCUUUCCCUAGCUUUCUCCCAAUUUUCUUCAGGAAAAAUGAUGUCAUAGUGAGAUUUCCUAUAACAGAACGUUUCUAAGGUUCACUGUAUGGACCCAGACCCCAGAUAGUUGUCUUAUAAGCAAACUUAGAAAGGAUGCUGGGAACUAAGCACUUGAGUGUUGACUUGCUCACCUGCGUGGGACAGAGGGACAAGCCAGCAAGCCCCCAUGAAGUGACGGGCAGCCCCACCUGGGUCCUGGAGAGACCGACGCACCGUCUCAGCUGGGGUGCAGAGAAAGGAUUGGUUUGGGGGAUAGCAGUGGACUGUCAGAAGAACUUACGGGAUCCUAUUGUAACGUGAGCUAUGAAUCACACUUGCUGUCCUGGGACUGAGGUUGUAACCUGUGAACAACGCACCAACACAGGCAGCUGAUGCGUUUGCUUUGGCUUCCGAUUUGCUAAUAUAAAAAUCUAGACUUGUUUCAUGAAAACAGGACAUUUAAACAUUCUAUGAAUAUUCUCCAAAAAUAUUUGGGGAAACCUAUGUACACAUUUCUGUUGGACUGACACCUAGAAAUUGAAUUGUUGUGACCGAGGAUGCGCCUAUGUUCAGCUUCAGUAAAUACCGCCAGAGAGAUCUCUGAAUGAUAAACAGUUAACAGAAAAUCGCACCAAACCAGGCUGUUGGAGGCAACAACCCAUUGGGCUAGUUUCCGGUGGCCCACUGCAGCUACGCAGGCGAGCACUGGGCUGCAGACCGCACGGGACUCUCUUUUUCCACCUGUCCUGUGCCUGGCCCCACACCAGGAUGCUGGCGAUUAUCAAAUACACUUUACUGCUGAUUACCUUUGGGCAUAUUUGCUUUCACAAAUCAGUUCUGUAACUUUGUAUGCAUUGGGCUAAAUUUUACAAACUAAUCAUUGGUUAAAAGGAAGUGGCCCAAGGUCCCCAGUCUUGCUGAUAUCAGGGCAGCUGCUCCUUUGGGGUUCCUUGUCUUCCAUGGAUGAAGCAUGGGAGUGAGGGGCCCCAUAGGGGGGUCAGCGAUGCCACACUUGGGCGCUGUCCCUGCUCAGCUAUGGCCAGACCAACUUUUUAGGUUUGGUUUGAGGUCCUCACCAUCACCACUGUCCUUAUUCAAGUAAACUAAGUCUUUGGUUAUUUUAAAAUUAAUGCAAUGAAAUUAUGUUUUAGAUCAUUAUUAAGAUUAUUAAAAAUAAAGGCAAUCAAAUAUAAUCAUAUAUGCAUAUUAAU